AUGAGUAAAUCCAGGAGAUAUAAUAAAAUAUUAAACAGAAUUGUUAAUAUCAACGAAGAUUAUUCUGAGGAUACUUCUGAAGAAGAUCAGUAUGAAUUAGACCAAAGCAAAGAGGAGAGUGAAAUUUCUAAAUAUAUCGAAAGUGGAGAGAUAGGAGGAUCUUCAGAUAGUGAAGAGGAAAACUUCUUUAAAGUGUGUCGUAAUAAGAAAAGGAUGCGUAUUCUUUCUAGUUUUGACUCCGAAGAUGAGAGGAUGAGCACUUCAAGCAUAUCUCAAAAUGUAAUGAGUGAAAUUGAAAUUGUAGUUGACGGGACACAGUGGAUAAAACUGAAGGCAGGCGGAUCUGGGGGUAAGACGCCCGUUCGUAUGAUAUUCAAGGAUAUCGCAAGAUCUAUUGGCUACGCCAAGAAAAAUAUGUUGGGUUGUGUAACUAGUGCUUUUGAAUUAAUAAUUGACAGACACAUAAUGGAACACAUAAAAGAUUGCACUGAAACGGAGGCACAUCAAGUUUUGAAAAAAGACUGGACAAUCACAGUUGCUUAG